GCGUCCACUUCCCAGAGUCCCUGCAGCCAAAACUUCUCUUUUACCCCCCCAAACCACAGGACCGAAUAAUCCCGGCUCCAUACUCCAUCAUGGGUUCCCAGAAGAAGAACCUCAAGGCGACCAAGAAGUUUGAAAAGAACAAGCUUAAGGGUGUCUUGGACAAGAGGAAGGAGACGGCAAAGAUCAAGCAGCGCCACCAGGUCAAGGCCAAGAAGGCGACCAAGAAGACCAAGGAUUCCGAAUUCUUCAAGAAUGACGAGGCCGCUGCCAAGGCAAAGGCCAAUGGCCACAAGAAGGACACCAAAGUCAGCGCCAUGAGUGUCGACGACUUCUUCCAGGGCGGCUUCGAGGAAAUCAUCGAUAAGAAGGACAAGAAUGCGACAAAGAAGCUCGGCAAGAGGAAGCGCGAUGGGCCCGCCAAGCAGUCAGAGGAAGAGGACUCUGAGGAGGAGGGCAGCGGCUCGGAAUUCUCCGUCGAGGAGGAGCCCAUUGGAAGCGACAGCGAAGACGGCGAGGGCGAUGAGGACGACGAGAACCUCGGCAUGACCAAGGAAGCCAUGGACAAGCUCGCCCAGAACGAUCCCGAAUUCUACAAGUUCCUUAAGGAAAACGACCCGGAGGCCCUCGACUUUGACGAGAACGCAGAUCUUGCUGAAGUGGACGAGCUCAGCGCCGGCAGCGAUCAGUCCGAUGAUGACGAGGAGGAACAACCGAAGAAGAAGCGCAAGAAGGCUUCCAAGAAGGCCGAGGUUGAGGAGGUCGUCGCCGCGGACAAUGAGCUGACGCGCGAGAUGGUGGGCAAGUGGAAGAAGCUUCUCGCUGAGAAGCAGAGCUUGCGUGCUGCACGUCAGGUUGUCCUGGCUUUCCGCUGCGCCGCCCAUCUCAAUGAGGACGACGCCGACGACUCGACCCCACAGAGAUACACCAUCUCCAGCCCCGAGGUCUUCCACGACAUCUUGAUUGUUGCCUUGAAGCAAAUACCCGAGAUCAUCUCGCACCACUUGCCCAUCAAGGAGUCUGCGUCUGGCAAGAUCUACGUGCCUACCGAUUCGAAAAAGUUCCACACCCUGUCCAUCAUGAUCAAGACCUUCACUGCGUCCAUCAUCCACCUUCUCGGCACACUGUCCGACGAUGCUACUCUCAAGCUCACCAUUGGCUCAUUAGAGCCCCUCGUCCCCUACCUCAUGUCCUUCCGCAAGCUUCUCAAGGCUCUCAUCAAGACUGUUGUCAACUACUGGGCCAGACCAGCCAGCUCAGAAACGACAAAGAUCACUUCCUUCCUGGUCCUCCGGAAACUCGUCGUUAUCGGUGACAAGGGCCUUCGCGAGACCGUUCUCAAGACGGUGUACCAGGGACUCGUCUCCGGUUGCAGGACAACAAAUGCCAACACCAUCCAGGGCAUCAACCUGUUGAAGAACUCCGCUGCCGAGCUUUGGGGCAUUGACCAAAACAAGGAGAAAGACGCCCAUAAGAUCAUCUACAACUGGCAAUACACCCACUCGCUCGACUUCUGGUCAUGCGUGCUUGCCGAGCACUGCAGCCCCCUGAAGGAGGCGGAGACUGGCAAGGAGGGACAGCUCAAGCUUCUGAUUUACCCCCUUGUGCAAGUUACUCUGGGUGCGAUGCGCCUUAUCCCCUCGCCGACUUUCUUCCCCUUGCGGUUCCACCUCAUCCGCUCCAUCCUUCGUCUCUCCCGCGCGACCAACACCUACAUUCCCCUCGCUUCAGCUCUGAUUGAGGUUCUCGAGUCUGCCGACAUGAGAAGGUUUCCCAAGGCCUCGUCCAUCAAACCCCUCGAUUUCCACGUUGCCUACAAGGCACCCAAGUCAUACCUCCGCACGCGUGUCUACCAGGAUGGUGUCGCCGAGCAGGUCGUUGAGCUUUUGAGCGAAUACUUUACCAUCUGGUGCAAGAACAUUGCCUUCCCCGAGUUCACCCUUCCCGUUCUCAUUCAGCUGAAGCGCUGGCUCAAGGGAGCGCGCAAGAUUAAGACGGGCAACAAGAACAACAAGGUCAUUUCGCAGAUUGUGCUGCUGGUGCAGAAGCUCGAGACCAACGCCAAGUUCAUUGAGGAGAAGCGUGCCAAGGUGGAGUUCGCACCUAAGGAUCGCGCGCAGGUGGAUGCCUUCCUCCGCGACUUUGAGUGGGAGAAGACGCCCCUCGGCGCAUACGUUGUCGUGCAGCGCAAGAUUAGAGAGCAGAAGGCCAAGGCGCUCGAGGACGCGAGGAAAGAGGACGAGAAGAAGCGUAAGCAGGAGGAGAAGGAUGCGGUUGCGGAGAAUGCCGCAGACGACGAUUCUGAGGAGGAAUAUGCCGACGAGUUGAUGGACGACGAGGCCGAGGAUGACGAUGAGGUUGACGAGGAUGAGGAGGAGGACGAAGAUGACGAUAUGGAAGACGACGAGUAG